ACCACCACCACCACCACCACCAUGGCGACCUCUCCCAAUAUCACAAAGUCCAACUCGGGCCUCAUCGGCACGAGCAGCGCCGGCUCGGGCUAUCCACUCCCGCCUCUGACCCCCGGCCUCACGAGUCCUCAUGCCAACAACCUCAGCGGCAGUCUCUUCUCGAUCCCUUCGACAACGGCCUCCCGCACGGGCGCCUCGGGGUAUAUGGUCCCCGCCGGAUCCAGCUCCAACAUCAUGGCCUCGGCCCCGGCGCCGGCCGAGCUGCUUUACGAAAUGGGCGUCGGGGGACCCAACCCCAACCCGAUGCUGCCGGUGGGUGCGAUGCUCCCGGAGCGGUCCAGGAGCUACUGGCAACACUUUUGUCUGCGAGUGAUGCCGCUCUUUGAUGGAGAAGAACUCAAGGUCCCGGUCGAGGAAUUGAACGAGCUGCUCAGCGGGCACCUGGCCGAAACCUCGAUCGAGAGUGUCCUGGACGACAUUCGCGAGCUUCUCGCCCAGGGAAUGUCCAAGCUGGUCGACGAGUUCGAAACGACUGCCAAGGAGGACAACCAGCUGUUCAUGCGCAUGGUCGAGAUAUGGUCCUUCUUCUUCUUCAACAUCCUGCCGUAUCUCCAAGGCGCCUUGCUGCCGAUCCGUCGCUUUGAGGGCAUCCCAAACGAAAAGAAGGCCAUCCGAGAGAUGAUUCUCUAUGCCUUUCGGGAUUUUGUGGUGAUUCCGAUGCGGACGCCUCUGGAAGAGUCUUUCGGCGUCCUGUCCCAAGAGAUUGCCGAUGGCACUGCGCGACGCCUUCAAACAGCACUCAAGCUGCUGCAGAUGCUCAACAUCCUCGAUACCCUCCCUCCUCGGAACGACGACAUGGACGGCGUCCUGUCGGGGGUGUGUGUGACGCUGAGGACGCUUGUCUCCAAGGCAAUGUGAGUCCGUGCUCUGGCCUGUGCUGGCGCAUUCGUCCUUGAGGGUGGUGGUGAGGCAACGAGCAUCCCGGAGUACUGUUGCGGCAAGCAUCGAGUAGCUGCGAUGCCAUUGGAUGCAAUGCCAUGUAAUGGAUGCAAUGGAAUGAAGAUGCACGUACUUCUGCAGUUCCGGGUAUGCGCCCGUCCCUUCCCCAACACAUUCCCUCU